GAGGGGUGGUAUUUGAUCCCCCACAGAGCGUGAAAAGACGGACAAGUUAUGCUCUGCACAACUGUAUUAAUCUAAGAAACAGUGAAAAAGUUUUGGGGGAGAACUGGGUAAAAGGAGAGAGAAAGAGAGAGAGGUUUCGGAGUCCUGCAGGGAUCUUGGCAAGCAGUUCAGAUGAGCCUUCUUCACGCACAACUGAAGGGGGUAAGAACAGGAGACAAAAGGCAGCUAGUCUCUCUAAACAGGAAGACUUUUAAAAACCUUUUUUUCCUCUCUGCAGUGCUGCAACAGCCGCCCCAAUGAAUUAUGCUAAACUCGGACUCAGGAUCUGCAUAGGCACCUUCUUAUUACAAUGCAAAAAGCCACUGGAGAAAGUUAGGAUUUAGGAACUGCCUGAGAGUCCAGGCAAAACUAUUUGGCUCCAUUAACCCAGCAAUCUGUCACCCCCUUUUCUUUCUUUCUUUCUUUCUUUCUUUCUUUCUUUCUUUCUUUCUUUCUUUCUUUCUUUCUUUCUUUCUUUCUCCCCCCCCCCCCUUUUCUUUUUCUUUCCCCUUAUCAUGGAAGGAAAUGAGAUCUGCCUGGAAAUGAGUUUUGCGGUUACUAGAUUGCUUUGCUCUCUGGAGUUUGGGUCCUCUAGGAUUUUUCCUUCCACCCCCCUGGAACAAUGUGAAGAAGCCUGAUCCUGCAGCGCGGAUCCCUGCACUUUCUGAUUUUAAUUUUGUUUUUUUGCUUGUUCGCCUGGCCGUAGUUCGCGCGUAAAAAGAUAACAUUUUUGGAUGAAGCUUCUCUGAAGGCGAAAGGGGGUGUGCGUGUUUGCUUAUUUGGCUUCUCUCCAACGACACCAGAGAUCAUGAGCAAGAGGAUUUCCCCUCGGGAUGGGGAUUUGAACUGAAAGACCGCAACAUCCCCCUACUGUUAGUUUUUGCACCAAAGAUGAUCCUUGGAGUUGGCUUGAUGCAGCCUGCUGUUUUAAGGCCUACUCCUGAUCCUUGUUUGGUUCGGACCCUAUGAGAUUCUCCACCCCAGCUCCUGCCUUGUUGUGGAACCCGCAGGAUGGGGAGCAGUAGUUCGGCACUGAAAGUUUGCACUGAUCACCAGGGAGGCAUCAACUGGCUGAGCCUCAGCCCAGACGGCCAGUGGCUCCUGACAGGUAGUGAAGAUGGCACUGCACGGCUCUGGAGCACUGCGGACAGCCAGUGCAGGGCCCAUUUUCAAGGACAUGAAAGCUACAUCACAUUUUGCCACUUAGAAAAUGAAGCUGCUUUUACAUGUAGUGCGGAUCACACAAUUCGAAAGUGGGACGUGAUGACAGGCCAGUGCCUGGCAGUUUACCGAGGGCACACAUCGAUUGUCAACAGGAUUCUGGUUUUCAAGGAUUAUCUCUUCAGUGGCUCCUAUGACAGGACAGCACGGUGCUGGAGUGUGGAUAAGGAGAAGCCAAUCCAAGAGUUUCGAGGCCACCGGAACUGUGUUCUGACAUUGGCUCUUUACUCCUCCAAGGAUGUCCUUGAGGAUUCAGAAGAGGAAGAGUUGGAGGAGGAGAAAUUGAGCCGGGGCUUCUUGGUGACAGGGAGCACAGACUGCACUGUCAAGGUCUGGUGGGUGUCCAGUGGGCGCUGCCACCAAACCCUGCUGGGACACACUGGGGCCGUCUUAUGUCUUAUACUUGAUGCUCCUAACAGGGAGCUUUUUUCAGGCAGCACUGAUUACACCAUUCGGACUUGGAACAUCGUGACUGGCGAGCAGCUCAGAGUGUUCAAAGAGCAUCAAGGAUCUGUCAUUUGCCUAGAGCUUGUGAAUCGGCGCUUGUAUUCAGGGAGUGCAGACAGGACGGUGAAAUGCUGGUUGGCUGAUACCGGGGAGCGAGUCCGGACAUUCAAGGCUCACAAGCACAGCGUCAGCACUUUGAAAUACCAUGCUGGAAUAUAUUCACAACGAAUUACUGUACACGGCCUCCCACGACGGCACACUAAGGAUCUGGGACAUACGGCAGGUCAGCAAGCGGAGCAAGCGGCGCUGGAAGGAGAGGUCGAUCCAGGGCAGGCGUUCUCAGAAGGGAAGCCUGUCUCGGCUCUUCAACAACAAAGUGGGCUGCAUGGUGCACCAGGAAAACAGGGGGGAGCAGGAGGCCGUGGAGCUCGUGUGAUGGCUGGGCUGGUGCGAGAGGACAGGAAGCACCCAGUCGACUACAGAAGGGAACGCCUGAGCCAACUGACUUACCAAGCCAAAUGCAGCCUGUAGCUCAAUAUACUGAGCAGGCCUAUCAGGGGCUCAAAUUCCAUGUCCUGGCAUUUCUGCCCGCCUGCCAUAAUCAAGCACCUGGCUGGCCACAGCCUUGUAUCCUGGGUGGGCUGUAUUCAGCAAGGUGGGUCACAAGCUGUGUGGGCACGAUCCUGGCCUGAUGCUGAUGAAAUGGCAACAAAAAAGAAGCAGGGAGGUGAACUAUGACAAAUACCUAUUUCAUGAUGAUCUAUCUAUUCUCAUGAACAUAUAGAAAUGCCCGUUUUGUUGGCCUACUGCAACACACAUCAUUUGUCGCCCAGAGAGAUGUCUCAUCCUGCACGCUGCAGGUGCAGAUUUCUAAGCAACUGGGCCCGCAGAGCCAGUACCACUAGGAGCAGCUCAGAAAGGGAGGGGGCAAGGAAGACUCAGGGGUGGAAGCCAUAGCUUUAACAGGUCAGUCAUAGAAGGUUGGGGAGCCUGAUGUCAUGUUUAGGUGGCGUGUCACAGAACAGGGGUAUAUGGUAACUCCCCCCCCCCAUUUGCUUUGUGCCCAGACCUGGAAAGGUUUUUAAUGGUACAUGCAGGAAAAAGCAGUUGUCAUGCAUUGGAUGUGUACUUAAUGCCUUGUUAACAACAUAUUCCCAUUCCAUAAUUUAACACCAGGGGAAACUGCUUCUCUGGGUUUUGCAGCAGAGCCAGCUAAGCAGAGCACUGAUUACUGAUGUCUGUAAUCCCUCGUUCUCUUCAGAGCAGUUUUGCAAUUAUUUGCAAAUGAAUCAUGCUAAAUGGAUGGAUAAGUUCAUGAAUGAUGUGGCACUUUUACAACCUCCCCCCCCCCCGCUCCCCAUAGAGCAUGAUGCAUAUGCAAAGCACAUUGCAUCCAAGGUGGGAUCACAGCCACCCACCAAUCAGCACUUUGCACAGCUGCCUUUCCACUUGGGGAGCCAGCACAUUUCCCUAUCUGCACUAGGCCAUGGCUGUUUAGUGUGAUGUGCAGAAAUUGCCAUUGUGGUGGGUUGUGAGCU